GGCGGAGGGGGGCGGGGGCCGGUCCCAGAAGAUGGCGGAGGCGGGGGAUUUCUGGUAGGUCCUGUUUUAGGAUGAGAUGCAGUACUGUUGAAACGCCAGUCUGCUUUGGUUCAUACAAUUAGCUUUUUCAGCUGGGAAACCAUUUCUUGGCCGACUUACUGAACUUAUGAAACCAUGGCAGAAGGAGAGACAGAGUCACUUGGGCCCAAAAAACCUGGUCCAUAUAUCUCAUCUGUCACUAGCCGGAGUGUGAACUUGAUGAUUCGAGGAGUAGUGCUGUUUUUUAUUGGAGUAUUUCUUGCAUUAGUGUUAAAUUUACUUCAGAUUCAGAGAAAUGUGACGCUUUUUCCACCCGAUGUGAUUGCAAGCAUCUUCUCUUCAGCAUGGUGGGUUCCGCCAUGCUGUGGCACAGCAUCAGCUGUGAUUGGGUUAUUAUACCCCUGCAUUGACAGGCAUCUAGGAGAACCGCAUAAGUUUAAAAGAGAGUGGUCCAGUGUGAUGCGGUGCGUAGCCGUCUUUGUUGGUAUAAAUCACGCCAGCGCUAAAGUGGAUUUUGAUAACAACAUACAGUUGUCUCUCACACUGGCUGCACUAUCCAUUGGAUUGUGGUGGACUUUUGAUAGAUCUAGAAGUGGUUUUGGCCUUGGAGUAGGAAUUGCUUUCUUGGCAACUCUGGUCACUCAGCUGCUAGUCUAUAAUGGUGUUUAUCAAUAUACAUCUCCAGAUUUUCUCUAUGUUCGUUCUUGGUUACCAUGUAUAUUUUUUGCUGGAGGCAUAACAAUGGGAAACAUUGGUCGACAACUGGCAAUGUAUGAAUGUAAAGUUAUUGCAGAAAAAUCUCAUCAAGAAUGAAGAAGGCAGAAAUAUAUCUUUUGUACAGAAAAGCAAGAUGAAAAAGGCAUGCAAAUGAUACAUAGACCAACAAAACUUCGGACUAUAAAAUUGCCAGGAUGCAGUUUUUCCCUUGAUUGGUGUGUAUAUAUACACAUACACACACACAUAUACAUAUAUAUACACACAUACAUAUGUUACUGCAAUCUGUGAUUGCUUCAUCUGUAAAUCAAGUACAAGCCUUUAUGUAUUUGACUUAAAUAACUGUAAAAUAUAUGUACGCUACAUUAAAAAACAUGUUGAUUAAUAGAUGACAUUUUUAAAUUAAUUUUUUAGGUAUACCAUAUAUCGUAUCACAGUGUUGAUGUGCCAAAAUAAUUCUGUUACCGUCAUGCAGACUAUAAGAGUGCUUUGAACAAUUUAUAAAGUUGAUGAAAUAAAAUAUGAGGAAAGCCAAAAAAAAAAAAAAAAGCAAAUGGAAAGCUGGUAUAUUCUCUUUCACUUACUGUUGUGCCUUUUUAUUUUCUAAUUACAGCAGUGUGAGUUAUGGGUGCCUAAUGUGUGGUUAGUUUCUAUUUUAAUAUCAUCUCAAAGAGCUUUGGGUGUUUAAAUAUAUAAUGAAAAAGAACUUCCUUGGAAUAUUUGCAAACCUGAAUUACUGGAGAGAGUUCAAAGUAAUUUUUUGUUUUGAUGAUUUUACUGGAGGUAAAAAGUGACAAGUGGAAGAAUUUAUCAGCAUUAAACUGUUUUGAGUCUAAAUCUAGAAAUUAAAAGUAGGGACCAUUGAAAAAUUUAACUGGAAUAAAUAUGCUUUAGAAAUACAAAAUGACCUUCUGCAGUGCCACAGUGUUAAGUGAUAUUAACUGUCAAUUACAAUGUAGUAUUCCACUACUUUUGUACAUUGAAUGUAUAAGAAAUCCCAAACAGGUCCAAAUGAAAUUUCUAAUUCUCUUGGGUUCUAUAAUCUAUUGGAUUCUAUAAAGUAAACCAUUUGAACUGGGCUGCAUCAUAUGAUUUAUUGUCAGCGGAUUGCCAUCUGGGAAGUGGAUGGGCACAUAAUGUCCUAUGUAUUCAUGUACUCAUUAGUGAAUACUUCAGGAAUGUAUUAUUUAAGACUGAACUGGGAUGGCAUACUGUGCACGUUAAAGAUCCCGAUAAUAGUUUCAUGCAUAUCUUUCCAACAGCUGGAGCCUUUGAAGUAUGAUUUAAACAUACUCUUAACUUUUUUCCCCAAUUUUUUUUUUUUUUUAAUAGAUGACAUUUCUGAUACACAAGGGCAAAAUCUUCUGUUUACUCUGGAAGUGUGUGUGGUUUUUUUUGUAUGUAUCUGUAUGUGUUGGAUAUGUGUUGGAUUGAAUGAGGGAGAGAAUGUGUAUGUGUGUGCGCAUGUGCUCCUGCUCUUGUAAUGUCAACUAGAUGUUUUUUCAUUUUUGAUUUUAAAACCAUCGCUAUCAGACUGAGGUCUUAUAUGCCAAACUUUAAUCUGCUCUUAUGUUUUAAGGCUGAAAGUAUGAAAAUCCUAAGAUUUCAUAUUGAAUAUAUGUACACAAUCUUAACUGUAGUGGUGGUAAACAUGCUACUAUAAUUUAUUAUUCUAUCUUCCAGAUAAUGUUAUUCAUUUAGAACAAAUAAGGUAUAUUUUUAGAAUCAACUUUGUAAGCACUAUAAAUCUUUAAUAAGUUAUAAGGUCUAUGAUGUGUUUACUUUGGAAAUUGCUGUUUAAAGCAAGAUGUAUUAAAUAUAUAAUUAUCAUCUUGGUUAAGAGUCUUUCUUCUUUGUGGUUAAUCUUAGAAUUUUAUUACUGAGGAUUAAUUUAAUAAAAUUUAACAUGCAUGGUUGAAUUUAUUAAGAAAAAUGAAGGAAACUGGUAUUAGUUUAGUAUUACAGGAACUGAAUGAUUAUUACUUUAAGUUCUUGAAUUAUUUUCCUAUCACCUAGAAAACAGGAAAAUGUAUUUCUGACAAAAAUAAAAUUGUUUUGAUAUUUUGA